GCCGGAAGCCGGAAGUGUUUACAACAGGAAGCUACGCUAACAAGCUAACUAACUACCGGAGCUGCCUGAUCAGAGUUUAUUAAAACUCUUCAGCUGCGGGAGGAUUACAUUUUCUCUGUUCGUGUCUGUGGUGUUUUUUCAGUUCAGUCAGGAUGAGUCUGCAGUGGACGGCGGUAGCCACCUUCCUGUACGCGGAGGUCUUCUUUGUCCUGCUGCUCUGCAUCCCCUUCAUCUCACCCAAGAGGUGGAAUAAAAUCUUCAAGUCUCGAAUCAUCCAGACCAUCGCUCUCUAUGGAAACACGUCCUUCAUGGUCGCCAUCGCUAUCCUCGUCUUCCUGCUCAUCGAUGCUUUCCGCGAGGUCAGGAAGUACAGCGUGACGGAGAAGGUGGAUCUGACCAACAACCCAACAGCCAUUGAACACAUCCACAUGAAACUGUUCAGAGCUCAGAGGAACGAGUAUAUCGCUGGCUUCGCCCUGCUGCUCUGCCUGUUGCUGCGUCGUCUGGCCACGCUGCUCUCCCAGCAGGCCUCACUCAUGGCCUCCAACGAAGCCUUCAAGAAGCAGGCUGAGGGCGCCAGCACCGCCGCCAAGAAAUUCAUGGAGGACAACGAGCUACUGCAAGAGAAACUGCGUGAUGCUGGUAUCGAGGUGCCGGAGGGCGGAAAGAAGGGAGCAGGACCACAGGAGGAGAACAAGAACCUGAAAGAGGAGGUGAAGAAACUGAAGGAGGAGCUGGACACCAACAAAAAAGCUCUGCAGAAGUCUGACAACGACGUUCGUGCGAUGAAGAAACAGGCGGAGAAUCUGACGGUGGAGUACGACAGACUGCUGGAUGAACACAGCAAACUGCUGGCAACCAGUGACAAGAAAUCAGACUGAGGAGGACCAAGAUGUUUUCCAGCUUCUCUCAUCAUCAUCUUCAUCACCACCGUCCUCAAACAGUCUGCAGCUUCAGCGAUGUGAUGUCACUUCCUGUUUUUGGAUUAGUUUACAUUGCCGGGCUGUGAUUGGUUGAUUUUAUGUGGUUUAAGAAAAUAACGACUCACCAGACUGUCGGAGCUUCAGGAGAAGACUGUGGGCUGUGUGUGAAGCUUUACAUUUUUUUGUUUGUUUGUUUGUUUAUUUUGAGUUUGUGCUGAUGUAAUGACAAACACAAAAUCUGAUCAUUCCCUGUUUCCUCCUGCUGGAGAGCAAAACAAACCUAAACUUUACUUGUGUUUUCUGCAGGAAAGUUUUAUCCUAAAAUCUGAGGUCCAAGACUGCUCUUCUGUAUUCAUAACUAGAAUAAAAAUGUUGCACAUUGUGAAUGAAAAACAGGGUUAAAAUAGUCCCCACAAACAAGUUUCCAGAGGUCACACUAGAUUUAAGGUUGUGAAUGGAUCCAAAAAAUAAAAACCCUGAAACUAGGCCCGUCAUGGUAAAAGCUUUUGUUUGUCCCAGAAAUAAUUGCGAUAAAUGAUAUUAUGACCAUUUUAUUCAGCUGAUAUAAUAAUAUAUAAGCCAAAUAAUAUAAUAAUUCAAGUACAUCCUCUGAAGGAGAUUUGAAUUAGAAUAUGGAAAAAAAUAUUAAAAUAUAAAUAUUAAAUAUAAAUACUGAACAAAAUAUAGCAAACAUUCUAUAAAAAAUGAUUAAUAUUGAUUAUUAAUAAUUAAACCACACAACUAAAAUAAAUGUAAAAAUUCCACUUGAAUAGAUAUGAAAUAUUUGGAACAGGGGUUUAUUCCUUUACAUUCUUCUGUUUAUUCUGGCAUCAUGUUGGCUGAAACGUUGGUGACGUAAACACAACUGGCGAUAUGGGACGAUAAAUGGGCGGGGCCUCUACAAUGAAUGAAUGUAAACUGACAGAAUUUCAUUGAUUGUUUGAGCAGAAUCACUUUGUACUUGUAAAACUGAACAUCAGGUCUGUUUUCUUUGCUUUGAAAAUGUUCCCAUAAGACGUUCUGAGUCACAGUGAUAAACCUGUAGUGAUGAGAAGCUGGCUGGCAAAAAUGAUAUAAAGAUGAAAAAGAAAAAAAAGUAGCCGCAAUCUUGGCUAUGAUCAUUUUUUAUGGUCACAUAAUGACUCAUGUCUGCAGCGACUUUUUAUUCUUUGCUUGUUGUCAGCUGACUUACUGUCAUGCAUUUGACUUUGAAACUUCUGGACAAAGUAACAUUCAGCUCAGUUUAGUUUUGCUCUUACAAAGUGAUCUGCAUUUAGUUGUGCUCUCUUUGUUGUUAUAAACAUGCUCCCCUUGAGGAUUUUCUAUGUUAUUGGGGGUUUUUUUUACAUUUAUUUUUGUGUUAAAUGGUUAAUUGUUUCUUUCAAAUAUCUGAAACCAUCUUCUUCUAGAGUUUAGAAGGCGUUUUUUGCAGAAUAUUGUGUUAAUGUAAAAGUUUCAGUCAUCUGUUUUCAGUCUGAAAGCCUCUCUGUUCACUCUUGUAUUAUUCUGUGUGUAAACAGCUGUGACGGAUAAGACAUGUUAACGUGUUUAAAGCCAUUCGUAACUGUAAAAACUGUCAUUUCUGUUCUUUGCUGAGGAACUCUUCAAACAGUACACACUUUGGGUUUCAGCAGAUUUCUGUUCAUUCCUAUGAAAGUUGCUUAGUUACGCAUGAAGCCAAAAAAGUUUGGUCAUUAAAUACAGCAGGUUUAAGUGACCGCACUAGAGACUUACGGUUUAGCGAAAGGCUACCUUGAAUGGGAAUAAAAUGAUUGAAUCGUACAGCUCGUCUAGACUUUCCAGAUCUUGUCAGACCACUCUGAUGAUGAAACAAGUUGUUUAGUGGGGAUUGUAACAUUAAAAAAGACCUCUUGCUGGGCAAGUAUCUCAUACAACCCCACACAAACAAUCCCUUUAAACUCUUUGGUUUUCUCAAAUCUAGGGUUAACUUAAAGACACAACCCCAAAAUAUCUCUGGUGCAUUUUUCCAGCCCACUUUAGAUUAAACCACACCCACUUUGCAUGACAGAAGCCUGCAGUGUGCUGUGGCUGGGACUGAACAAUACUCAUUUACCAGCUCUAUCCUUUCAUUCCACACUGGUUAUAGAAAAUGACUGAACAGUGGCAGCGCUGAGUUUGACGUUAAUGGUUCAUUUUGCUCCAUCCCUCUACGAUACUUUACAGGUGCAUCUCAAUACAUUAGAAUAUGAUGGAAAAGUCCAUUUUCAGUAGUUCAAGUUAAAGAGCCCCAACCAAGUAUUGAGUCAUAUUUUCAUAGGCCAACAUUUACAUAUUAAACAUACUUUUUUAAAAUUGGUCUUUUGUUAUAUUAACAUUAUUUUUGAGACACUGAAUUUUUGGUCUUCAUUAAAUGUAAGCCAUAAUCAUAAUUAGAAGAAAUUAAAUUAAGACAAGAAAUGGUACAUUCUGAGUGUAACGGAUCUAUGUAAUGUGUUAUUUACACUUUUUGAAUUGAAUUACUGACGUUAAUUAACUUUUCUAUGAUAUUCUAAUAAUUUUAGAUGCACCUGUACUUUGCUGUGAGCUGAUAUCAGCUCUGGAGUUGGCUAGCUAUUUAGCUUGGCUAACUAGCCAACUGCUAAUUGGAGAUCAGAAAAUCACAAAAAUGAAUAAGCACACAUUCCCACAGGACUGUUUGUAGGAACCAUUAACAACUGCUUUUAUUUGUGCAUGUGUGUCACCUGACAAAUGUCCUCCUCUUUAAUCGGUUGGUGUUUAAAUCUUGAAGAUUCCAACCUAAACGAUCGAAGAAAAGAUAUUCACAGAAUUUCCUCGAAACUGUUUUCUCAAAGUUUCUCUGGUCGUCACUUUUCCUGAGCAAAUGUUUUCAGCUGCGUGUCCACAGUUUUGUUUACGUGUCAUUUCUACGUCCACGUUCCCUUCCUGCAUGACAAACGUUUUGCUUCACUUUGUUUUAAGAAGUUAUCUGGAAACAGAAAUAAACUUUAUACAGAAACUCACAAGGACUUUAAAUCUUUUUAUUUCUAUUUCAUGUCACUCUGAUGCUUCAUGAUGAAACGGUUUAAAUGUUCUGGCUGCAGCUUGUUAUUCAGCAACAUUCACACCAAACCUCAUGCAAAUAUUUCGGCAUUUAACGUUUGUGUGGACAGAAACAUGUUUGUAUUUUUCUUGUUUUGCUGUUUUUUCACGUGUGUUAUAUUUGCACUGGACUCAUCAGUCAUCAGAUGAAGUGCUUAAAUAAACUAGUGAAGGGUU